UGCCGUUAGUUCAUUAUCUUCACUAAAGAUACUUAGAUCAUGAAAGUCGCACUGCUGUUAAUCUGUUGUUGGGCAAUCGCCUUCCCAACCGAGGCCAGAACUGUCCACACAUUUGAUAUCACUAAAUUAGAACUGUUGGACGGCCCUCAGGAUAAUUUUCAUCUACCACUUGUCGAAGGGUUGCUGCAAGAAUUACGAAAACUGUUGGACUAUAUCACCCAAAUUGCUUUGGAUUCUGUGCACGAGCUUAAACAGAGCGUAGACAAGCUUUUAGAAGAAGUAUCACAAAAAUCUGAAGAAUUGCUACAGUUGGCAAAUGGCAGCAUCAACGAUUAUCUGGAAGAAGCAAAGCAGAACCUUACCACCGUUGGAUCACAGGUAGCAGAAUGUGUAGUACCUGCCACUGCCAAACUGGAGAAAGUUGCUAUCCAUUCAUAUGAAAAUACGAAAAAGUGUUAUGACGAUCUGGUAACGAGAGUCAGAUUAACGAUUGAUAACGUGGAGGAGCACGUGGAUUAUGUGAUAAAAAAGGUAGCAGAAAUUGAACACAUUGCAGUGGAAUGUAUGACUCAGAAUCCAAAGCUAGUGGAUCAGGUGAAGUGCGUUUUGGAUCACGUUAACGAAUCGACUGAGAUUGUGCAAGACAUCAUAAAAGAUGUUGGUAAACUAACCUCCGAAACCUCACGGGAAAUAGUUUCGUUAGGUAACGACACCAGAGACUGCCUGCUGGACGUGGUACGGAUGUCAAGAAACGAAGUGGAUAAGGUGCUUUCCGAAGUGUUUGAAUGUCUGAAGGAUCAAAACUCGGCUUUCGAGCAACAAAGCGACUAAAAUGAUGACAACUUCUUUCAAAUGAAAUGAAAAAACAUGCUUAUUAAUUAAAACUGUAGAAACUAGUACUUUAUAAGUUGACACCAUUUGACUAACUGAUUAAAUGGAAUUUAUAACUUAAGUUUAGUUAAAUCUUCUAAGGUAUUGAACUUAUAGUAGUUAACAAAACUAACCAUUCAGUAUUCUUUUGAGAUUUCACUUAUCACAUUUUAAAUUUAUUAAACCUUAACAAUAUACCUUUAUAACCUUGUACAGAA